CUUACGUACGCGGAAGCUGCCGUGUGUGUGAGGGGGGAAAGCGAUUACCGACAGGGAACGCCGGACUCCUGGACCGUGAGGGAACUCUGUUCGCCAACACCGCUUGCCAGGGGAGGCGGAGAGCUGGGAGGGGGCUACAGAAAGGGGACGAACGACCAUGAACGACGCGAAGAAGCCGGCGAACGUGGCCGCGGACGGGACUUGGGGACGAGCGGAGGUGAACGUGAGCUGCGCUCCGGACGAGCUCGUCAGCUCUGUAUCGCUGUACCGCCGCAGGCCGCGGCUGCUGCACGGCACCGUGCUCCCGUUCCUCGCCGUGCUGUACCCGGCCUGGGUGUACACGUGGCUCGUCGUGUACGGUGCCACCGAGUAUCCAGAGGCCGGUCUCUUGGCGCUCGCCGCCAUCGGGAUCGCGCACGUCCUCACCGCGCUGUCGGGAUACUGGUCCGUGCACGCGCACUGCUGGCUCACCUGCGCUAAGGAGCCGGACCCAAGGAAAGCUACUCUUGCCAAAGUCGUUCCCACUCCAAACAACGGCUCUGCUGAGCUCGUGCUUCUCCAGAGAGAUCAGGACGAGGAUGGGACAACGAUCCUCUCUUUCGAGUUCCAGAAGAUCCGCUACGUGUUUGACGGCAUGGAGCGGAAGCGCUUCAUGCCUGUUGCGUUCCCGAUCUCCCACCCCAUGAGAUACUUCCAGAUGUGGCGCGGCUACCAGGAGGAGGUGGAGUUGCGGGCCGCUGAGAAGCGAUACGGGACAAACCGUGCAGAGAUGGUGGUGCCUGACUUCCUGGAGUUGUUCAAGGAGAGGGCCACCGCUCCCUUCUUUGUGUUCCAGGUGUUUUGCGUCGGUCUGUGGUGCUUGGACGAGUACUGGUACUACAGCGUCUUCACGCUCUUUAUGCUGGUCGCGUUCGAAGCCUCUCUGGUCCAGCAGCAGAUGAGGAACAUGUCGGAAAUCCGCAGAAUGGGCAACAAGCCCUACAUGAUCCAGGUGUACAGGAACAGGAAAUGGAGACCAGUGUCCAGUGACGAGUUGGUCCCAGGGGACAUAGUUUCCGUAGGGCGGUCUCCUCAGGAAAACCUGGUUCCAUGUGAUGUCUUGCUGCUCAGGGGCCGCUGCAUUGUGGACGAGGCCAUGUUGACAGGGGAGUCAGUCCCACAGAUGAAGGAGCCAGUGGAGGAUUUGGACUCGGAACGGGUGCUGGACCUGCAGAUGGAUUCACGGCUACAUGUCAUUUCUGGCGGGACCAAGGUCGUCCAACACACCCCACCACAGAAAGCCAGCGCUGGUCUCAAACCUGUGGACAAUGGUUGUGUGGCCUAUGUGCUGAGGACGGGAUUCUACACAUCUCAGGGGAAGUUGCUGAGGACUAUUCUCUUUGGAGUGAAGAGAGUUACAGCCAACAACCUAGAGACCUUCAUCUUCAUUCUUUUCCUCCUGGUGUUUGCCAUAGCAGCAGCUGUCUACGUGUGGGUUGAGGGAACAAAGGAUCUCAGCAGGAACAGGUACAAGCUGUUUCUGGAGUGCACACUCAUCCUCACCUCUGUGGUCCCACCUGAGCUGCCCAUUGAGCUCUCACUGGCAGUUAAUACCUCCCUCAUCGCGUUAGCCAAGCUCUAUGUUUUCUGCACAGAGCCCUUCCGAAUCCCAUUUGCAGGCAAGGUGGAGAUCUGCUGUUUUGACAAGACUGGCACACUGACCAGCGACAGCCUGGUUGUGCGGGGCGUGGCUGGGCUCAGGGAAGGUAAGGAGGUGAUGCCUGUGUCUGAGAUCCCAGUGGAAACGCAUCGAGUGGUGGCCACCUGCCAUUCGCUGGUUACCCUUGACGACGGACAGCUGGUGGGCGACCCAUUGGAAAAGGCCAUGCUCACAGCAGCCGAUUGGACCCUUACUAAAGAUGAGAAAGUGUUCCCUCGCUCCAUUAAGACACCGGGCCUGAAAAUCCACCAGCGCUUCCACUUUGCCAGCGCCCUCAAGAGGAUGUCUGUUUUGGCCUCUUACGAAAGGCUGGGCUCAACAGAGCUCUGCUAUAUCUCCACUGUGAAAGGAGCACCAGAAACUCUACGGGUGAUGUUUUCCGAGUGCCCGAGUACCUAUGACAGGGUGCACAGAGAGAUGUCCCGUGAAGGAGCUCGGGUUUUGGCUCUGGGCUACAAGGAAAUGGGACACCUGACUCACCAACAGGUGCGGGAAGUGGGCCGCGAGGCUCUGGAAUGCGACCUCCGCUUUGCUGGGUUCAUGGUGGUCUCCUGCCCGCUCAAGAACGACAGCAAGGCAGUCAUCCGGGAGAUCCAGGAGGCAUCGCACCAUGUGGUGAUGAUAACAGGUGACAACCCACUGACUGCAUGCCACGUGGCCCGAGAGCUGCACUUCAUCCAGAAGGAACAUACUCUAAUAUUGGGACCAGGUCGCACAGAGGGGGAGUGGCAGUGGGAGUCCAUAGAUGGCAGUGUGACCAUGCCUCUCCACCCUCCCUCUGUGAAACUGCUGAUCAGUCAGUACGACCUGUGUAUGACGGGGGAGGGGCUUGACCACUUAACCCUGGAGCCCUGCCUACUCCAGGUCCUGCUGCCCCAUGUGCGCGUUUUUGCCAGGGUCAGCCCCAAGCAGAAGGAGUUUGUCAUCACCAGUCUGAAAGGCCUGGGCUUUGUGACACUGAUGUGUGGGGAUGGAACCAAUGAUGUUGGUGCUUUGAAACACGCCCAUGUUGGGGUGGCACUACUUGCCAAUGCUCCUGAGCGCAUACCAGAGAAGAAGAAGAGAGGCCGGGACAAAGAGUCCACUGCUGGGGACACCAGGCCCUUCCCGCCCAUAUCAGCCUCUGGGGCAAAGCUCAGCUCCCGGGCGGCCAAGCAGAGGAUCAUGGCCCAGAGGGAAGAGCAACUUGCUGUCCAGAAGGAGAGGAUCAGUCAGGUUCUGCGGGAGCUGGAGGAAGAUCAGAUGCAGGUGGUGAAGCUGGGAGAUGCCUCCAUUGCUGCACCCUUCACCUCCAAACUGUCCUCUAUACAGUGCAUCUGUCACGUGAUCAAGCAGGGCCGCUGUACGCUAGUGACCACGCUGCAAAUGUUCAAGAUCCUAGCGCUGAAUGCGCUGGUGCUAGCCUACAGCCAGUCCGUGCUCUACCUGGAAGGGGUUAAGUUUAGCGACUUCCAGGCCACUCUGCAGGGCCUCCUGCUGGCUGGCUGUUUUCUGUUCAUCUCCAGGUCAAAGCCCUUGAAGACACUGUCUCGAGAGCGCCCCCUACCCAACAUCUUCAACCUCUACACUGUACUAACAGUACUGCUGCAGUUUGCAGUUCACUUCUGCAGUCUGGUCUACUUGUAUCAUGGUGCACAAAGCAGGAGUCCUCCCAGGGAGGAGCAGUUUGUGGACCUGUACAAGGAGUUUGAGCCCAGUCUCAUCAACAGUACUGUGUACAUCAUGUCUAUGGCCAUGCAGAUGGCCACUUUCGCUAUUAACUAUAAGGGCCACCCCUUCAUGGAAUCCCUGACUGAGAAUCGGCCCCUGCUCUGGAGCAUCGUCUUGUCCGGCCUGGCCAUCGUGGGGUUGCUGUCGGGCUCCUCUCCAGAAUUCAAUGAGCAGUUUGCCCUUGUUGAGAUCCCCACUGAGUUCAAGUUUGUGAUCGCCCAAGUCCUUGUGCUGGACUUUGUCACCGCCCUACUGGUGGACCGAGUACUGCAGUUCCUUCUGGGCAAAGGAACCCUGAGACUGCCUUCCUGAAUUGUCAUUACUGCUGCUCCCAGACAACUUGUGCUCUUAGCAAUGGGACUGUGGAGAGGAGGGGAGAGAAAGGGAGGGAAGGAAAAGGGAGGAACUGGCACGAGCCUAAACUCAGAAGAGCUGAGACAUGCUGGCAACCAGGCGACAGGAUCCUUCAUGUGUUGCGCCUUUUCUCUUUUUCAGCCUUACGUGUGUGCUGUUUUCUCAUUUGCUUUCUCAUCAUUUGUUUUCCCCUCAGUCCUUACCUUCCUCCCUGCCCCUGUCUGUCUAACCUGUUUUUGCUGUGUCUCUCCUGCUCUGUUCCUGCUUUCACUCUUCUCCUCCUCUUCCCUUUUCGUCACUCUACAGCAAGCCAAGAAGACAGCAGUAUUGUGCAGAGCGCGUGUAUGCGCUUGCGAGGAGGUUCACCUGUGUCACCAUGAAGGUGCGUGGUUGACCGGGGCCAUUUGCCACAAGAAAGGCCAAGUGUUUCUAUUAUUGUCCCCUCUGUUUUGUUUAAAAAAAAAAGACUUAUAAAGACCAAAAAACAAUAUCCCUGAGUGAUCUGUGUUUUCCAAAUAGUUCUUUUGUUUUCCCCUACACAGAUUCUUCAAAAAAAGCAUGUUUAGUAUUUCAAAGAGGUGUGCUGGAGGAACUGGAGAU